UCAAAAGGCGUCAAAUCAUCGUCCCAAUACUAUAUUAGCAAUAGCUCACAGAGAUUUUAUUAUAAUUUUCUUAUUGCAGUAAUCAAUUAUUAAUACAUCCAAACAUGAGUACUAUUGGCACCGGUUACGACUUGUCGGCCUCACAAUUCUCGCCGGACGGCCGCGUAUUCCAAAUUGAUUACGCUUCGAAGGCGGUGGAAAAAAGUGGCACCGUAAUUGGUCUACGCGGCAAAGAUAGCGUAGUGCUUGCCGUCGAGAAGAUUAUUACAAGUAAGCUAUAUGAGGCAGAUGCCGCCGGUCGUAUUUUUACAAUUGAGAAAAAUAUUGGCAUGGCUGUCGCCGGAUUGACAGCCGAUGGAAACUUUGUUGCUGACAUUGCACGCCAAGAGGCAGCAAAUUUCCGCCAACAGUUUGCACACACGAUCCCGCUGAAGCAUUUGUGCGAUCGCGUCUCUGCGUAUGUACACGCAUAUACUCUAUACAGCGCGGUACGUCCUUUUGGACUAUCGAUUCUAUUAGCAUCGUGGGAUGAGGUCGAUGGACCGCAGUUGUUCAAAAUUGAGCCAUCGGGCUCUUCGUUUGGAUACUAUGCUUGCGCCAGUGGCAAGGCUAAACAGCAGGCCAAAACGGAAAUGGAAAAGUAUAAGUUCACGGACAUGGCAACAGAAGAAUUGGUGAAAAGCGCUGGUAAAAUCAUUUAUCAAGUGCACGACGAUCUGAAGGACAAGGAGUUCCGCUACGAAAUGGGGCUGGUUGGUAAGGACACGAACGGCUUGCAUUGUAUUAAUCCUGAGCCGUGGCUUACAUCUGCUGUUAAGGCAGGACACGAUGCAAAGAACGAAGAAGAUAGCGACAAUGAUAUAUAAGUUAAACCUGUGGUGUCAUUGAAUUAGAUUCUGGGCUAUCAGCAAAUUAAAGAUAUUUUUCUUAAA